CCAUUUUGUAACUUAUGUGGGCUAUUCUUCAUCUUCUCCCGCUCACACGUGUCCUACCAUCGGAAGUUUUUGCUCUUGCUAGAUCUUCGCCGGCGAGGAGAUACACGGAAGCAAGCUUCUGUUUCUCUUAUCGACUUGUGAAAAAGCGAUCUGUGUAGAAGAGUUCAUCGCUCAAUCAACCCUUAAUCUCUUUAUCUCUUUCCCGAAACCGAUUCCGGUAAGAGGAAGAAGGUUCAAUUUCCUCAUCGGAUCGGCUCUCCAUCAGCACUGCUCUUCUUCUCCGCGUCGGGAGAGAUUUCCUCUCUCUAGAAGGCAACGCGCUGAGAUUAUCGAAUUUCCCGAAAAUGCAUGUUAACACACUGAGAGCUUAUUGAGAGAUACAAUUUUCCUUGUAGCCGAUUCCUGUAGUUUUCUUCUCGAAGCAUCAACAAGGAAGAAGCGUGAGGAAGAAGAUACUAGCGGCUAGAGAGAGAUGGUUUUUCAUGCCUCAGGGUUAGGACCUAGUUGCUGUGACAUUCGAGACAUACCCAGCAACAAGGAUCAUAACGAGAUCAGUUGCAUAUCGAGGGAGAAGCGCGUGCAUCUAAGAACAGAAGAAGGUGAUGAUCAGGACAACACUGUGCUUUCCAGAGAGAAAAAAGCGAGGAUGAAAAAUUCAGAAGCAGAAGCUGAUGCUUCUUCAUCAGACAACUCUUGCUUUGAGGCCCCUGUUACGGAUGCGAAUCUACAAGAAGAUUCUCUGUGUUUCCCACAAGAUUUCACAAGCUCAAUUGGUUUUAAAAGGAAAUGCCGCAAGAUUGUUUUAACAGAUGGAAGGGAAAAAUCAUGGGCAUUGGAUCUGAGGUUCAACAAAUCAUCUGAUACUUUUCACAUAACCCGAGGUUGGAGAAAUUUCUGUGACGAGAACGGCAAAAAAGCAGGAAACUUCUUUAUCUUCAAACUAAUGAAAAACGGGGAAACACCUUUGCUCAGUUUCUUCCCCACGGAAUCCAUCAAUGAUGGAACACAGGGAGACAAUAACAAUCCUCAAGGAUGUAGAGAUUCAACUUCACCAAACCAGAACCGGUUUGUGACUUUAACACUUACAAAUGACAGCCUCAAAAACAGUAGAUUGUAUCUUCCAUUGUCAUUCUUGAAAGAAAAUGGCAUGGACAAAUCGGGGAUGGUGACUCUGUUGGGCAAAGAUGGUACAAGAAGACUGGCAAAUCUUCUACGGGAAAGCUCAGGAAGAAUGAGUUUGGGAAAGGGCUUGAAAGAUUUUACUAGAGCAAACGGUUUAAAGACGGGCGAAUCCUUCACAUUGGAGUUAAUCUGGGAAAACGCAACUCCUGUGCUCUGUUUACUCGGUACGGAGUUCAGCAGCAAGAACCGAUUUGUGACAUUAACGCUUACAAACGACAGCUUCAAAAACAGUAGACUGGGUCUUCCAUUGCCAUUCAUGAGAGAAAAUGGCAUGAACGAACCUGGGACGAUAGCUCUGUUGGGAAAAGAUGGUACAAAGUGGAUGGCGAAUCUUCUACGGGAAAGCCAAGGAAGAAUGAGUUUGGGAAAAGGCUGGAAAGAUUUUGCUAGAGCAAACGGCUUACAGAUUGGUGAAUCCUUCACGUUGGAGUCAAUUUGGGAAGAUGCAACCCCUAUGCUCUGUUUGUCCAGUACAGAGUCCAUUAGUGAUGGAAGUCAACAAGGAGAAUAUUGUUCAAAAGCCACCGAGGAAGACUAUGUUCCCACAGAACCUAGCAUUGGAUACCAAACCAACAAAGACGAGAGCAACAUUGAGGAGAGGAUUAUGCUAGAAGACCAUACUAAGAAAGACGAGAACAACAUUGAGGAGAAGACUAGUUCAUCUUCACUAGUCCAAAACUGAUUCGUGACAUUAGCAUCUACAUUGCAUCUUUCAAGUCAACCCAUGGGUGCUAAUGGCACCGAGAAGCUUGGGAAGACAACUCUGUUGGGAAAAGAUAAAGAUGAAAUGGUGGGGAUAUCUAUGGUCAAGCUUUGGAACCGUAGCUGUUGGAGAAACUUCUAUGAGGCUGAUGAGGUAAAAGAGAGUCAAUUCAUUUAUGAAGAAGAAGACACAACUCCGGUUAAGUUCUGUCCUGGUCAAAAACCAAGCCUUUUUGUUUGUUAGGUUAAAGAAGCUAACCAAUAAAAAUAUGUCAUCGUGUAUCGUUUGAAUUUAUAGUUCUUGGAUGGUCAAUAGUGCGAAUGGAAUCCUUCAUGAACAGCCAAUAAAACCAAACCAAAUGACAUCGGACCGAAGUAGAUUUCUAAACCGGAAAUAUUUGGAAGUAAUUGAUUUUGUCUUACUUUAAUAGAUUCUGUUAUCAGCUUCAGUGUUAAUAGGAGGAGAAUCAGUCUUCCUUAUGGCUAGGAACCAUCUCUCCCUUGCUUGUAGGAGAUACGACUCUGAUCUAUUCGCUUCUUAGUGCUACUUUAAGGGAUAUUAUCAACGAGAUUUCGAGAUGGCUUGCCACCAUUCGUUUGCCUCUCCCUCGAGAUGGUACGAAGCAGAAACUGUUCUGCUGCUCAAAGUACUGUUUUGCUUUGAUCAUUCACUCCGUUGGGUCUCCUCUUUGAAACCUUGGGGAUUCUAGCUUCACAUUCCGGCUAGGUGCCACGAGAAACGGAGUUGUAUGCUCUUCUCGCUGAUCAAGAUGUUUGCUCGUUCCUUGUUUCCCAAAGAACAACUCACGGAAAAUGCUUAUCGUAAUUUUGAGAUAGUGAGCAUCGACUUUCAGACCUCAUUUCAAGCUUAUAGCAAAGUAGAAAGGUUUGGAGUAUCAUGCAAUGCGUCUGGCUAAUUCACAAGCGGAUCCAACGGCUGUGAUUGAGAAGCUACACCAGAUAAUGAAGAGUCCUGGCUGCUGGAAAAGCAAGCAAAAGAAUCGAAAUAGCGAGCGAAGGUUCGAGUCUCCGGUGACCCAAGAGCGGGAAAACAGCCAAUUUGUACUCUAUUAUUUUGGUGUGCGAAUUGAUACCUCAACUUCUAAUAAAUUAAAUAUAAAUAUCUCAACUUUAUACCAUCCGGCCAAAGCCAACUUUGAUCAAC